UUAAAUUGUCAUUAGGACAAGGAAGUUUAAGGAAUAGUAAAGGGUCUUGCACUUUGCUUUAUGGGAGACAAACAUAUUGUGACCUUCCAGUGCAAACGCAUGCACUGCCUCACUGAUUUUAUUCAAUCUUUUAUAUAUAUAAACACUAGAUGGAUUUACUUUAUGCCUCUCCACCCAUCCGUUUCCUAGUACAAAGAAAUUCGGAAUAUUCAUUCACCAUGUUUGAUCUGCUUUGCCUAUCUGUUUUAUUUGCAACACAUUUCAAAGUGGAAUCUCUGGAAUGUUCGUCCGACGAAAGAUGCAGAUGUGAAAACUAUCAAGGACAACUUUGGGCAAAUUGUGAAAAUCUUAAUCUCACAACGACACCGUCUUUUAACAAUGACGUCACAGGAAUCAAUCUUGCAAGAAACAGCCUUUCAAAGUUUCCAGAAAGUCUUCCUAAAGGAAUACUGUAUUUAGAUGUCUCUGAAAACAUACUGCAAAAAAUGGAUGCAGCGUCACUGCAUAAAUAUAACGACCUGAGAAAUUUAAGUGUUUCUAGCAAUAAACUUAGGUCUAUUGAGCUUGGUGCUUUUGAGAACACCUCAAACAUUCUACAUCUUGAUAUUUCAAAUAAUCAGGAAUUAACUUUAGACGUUAUAGUUAAUGUAUCGAGUGACUUACGGAACUCUACUUCAAUUCGAGUUUUAAAUUUUGAAAAAUUACAAUGCACCUAUGGCGUCAGUUUCAAUCUCAUGAAAUAUCAUACUGUUUUUCUCAGGCACACAAAGCUAGAGGAACUGAAUUUGGCGUCAAAUCGCAUCAACAGUCUUGAAACAGGAGUUCUAUCAGAAUUACCAAAGUCCCUCAAACAUCUAAAUUUAGCGAAUAACAUUCUGAGUUUUGGAUUUUAUUUGGCUGAGUUUGGCAAUUUGCCCAGUUUAAUCAGUAUAAAUGUGAGUUUCCAAGAUUCUUUCCGUCAGGUGCUUACAACCGAAUUUUUGAUUAAUUGUAACGAUACCCGAGCACCAGGCAGAAGAUUUACAGAACAUUCUGAUAUUUUCAGGAGGAACCCUGUAUUAUCAUCUUCCAUGAAAGAAAAGUUUAAUUUAACUGUAUAUAUGCCAAGAAAUCUAAAAACGAUUUAUUUUCACGACAACUUGUACAAGUUUACUCUACAAGACUUUAUUUUCAAGUCUGUCCAUAAACAAGUGUUGACACAUCUCUACAUGCAAAAUAAUAUCAUCUACGAAUUGAACGGUCCUAUCAUAGGAUUUGAAAGUGUUGAAUAUGUCGAUUUCUCCAAUAAUUUUUGCGGUCGCAUCUCGUCGAAUUUCUUUCAGUAUUUUAGAAAUUUAUCUUACCUCAACCUGUCCAACAAUGCAUUGGGUGAAACUUUAGAAAGGGAUGGGAAUGGAGAUAUUUUCCAAUAUCUUCGUACGUUGACCACUUUGGAUUUAAUGCGGAACAGGAUUGUAUCUCUUCCGGAUAAAAUUUUCCGUAAUUUGAAUAAAUUGGAAAAUCUUGAUGUGAGUUAUAAUUCUUUAAAUAAAUUUUCGAUACCUAUAAAUCAUAUGACAAAUCUCUUAAAUUUAGACCUCUCAAAUAAUCAGUUAACGUGUUUGGAUGCGGAAACGAGAAACGCCUUAGAUUCGAUUUCACAAAGGAGAGAAAUUUCAGUGAAUUUGAGAGAUAACAGAUUGAGAUGCGAUUGUGAAAACUUGGAAUUUCUAAAGUGGAUGCACUUGUCUAAAAAUGUAAAAUUUCUGUAUUUCCACAAUUAUUCUUGUGAUUUCUUAAAUUCAUCAAAGAUGCAUUUUUCUGACAUUGAAAAUGUACUUCAGACUUUGGAAAAACGAUGUGUGUCUUAUGCUCUUCUUAUCGUGAUUAUGACGUCAUUAAUAAUCGUUGCCUUGACAACCGCUAUCAGUCGCAUUCUUUAUAGAUAUAGGUGGAAAUUAAGAUACAUGUAUUAUGUUGCAAGGGAAAAGUACAAAGACAACGAACUACGUAACCGGAAAUAUCAUGGAAAAGAAUAUCACUUUGAUGCCUUUGUGUCGUAUGCUGAAAGUGACCGACAUUUCGUUAUUUCUUUAGUGAAGUUCCUCGAAGAUCAAAGCAACUUGAGGCUGUGUAUACACCAUCGUGAUUUUAUUCCAGGGACAGGAAUUGAAGAUAACAUCACAAACGCCAUUCAUAACAGCAGACAAACUGUUUGUAUUAUGACGUCACAGUUUUUAGAAUCAUAUUGGUGUAUGUUUGAAUUGAACAUGGCUCGAAUGGAAUCUAUAUAUUCCCGAAAUGGUGAAAAUGUUCUUUUUCUUGUUUCUCUAGAGGAAAGUGCAAUGAGAAAAUUGCCGCUGUCUUUAAUGGACCUGAUAGAAUCAAAAUCAUAUUUAGAAUUCCCGGAGGGAGGGGACCAGGAGGAAGUAACAGCCUUCAGAUCGAACUUAAAGAGACACCUAAAUCGUACGAUAAUGGCUUCAGACACUUAAAUGAUGAGAGGUUAAGAUAAAAAAACAGCAAUCGAUCUAAAAAUCUUUUCACGACCUAUUGGUAGCAUCUGUUCCAAAACAACAUACACUAUCAUAGUUAUGCUGGUAAUUCUCAAGCUUACCUUGUCUUUAAACCUAGGGACAUGUGGAAUAACA